AUGCCUCACUUUCGAGAAUCAUCUUCAAGCUCUUCGACCACGGGUAUCGAUAUCAACCCAUAUAAUUCCGGUCAACGCAUCGUGAACGAUGAUGAAUAUGCGGCUCUUUCGCCAGACGAGCUUCCAUUGAGCGAGCAGCUUGAGCCUAUCGCAGUUGUCGGAAUAGGAUGUCGUCUCCCAGGCGAUGUGAGCUCUCCAUCUGACUUCUGGAAGUUGAUGAUGGAAAAGAAGAGCGGCCAGACGCCCAAGGUUCCGGCGUCCAGAUUCAAUAUCGAUGCACACUUCCAUCCGAAUAAUGAUCGUCCUGGUAGCUUUGGCGUGCUUGGCGGUUACUUUAUCAACGAGACAUUGCAAGAAUUCGAUCCAGGGUUCUUUGGUAUCACGCCGGUUGAAGCUACAUGGAUGGAUCCGCAGCAGCGAAAGCUUCUCGAAGUCGUCUAUGAAGCUUUUGAGUCCGCCGGCUUAACUCUCGACCAGCUUUCUGGAUCUGAUACGGCCUGCUUCAUGGCAACCUUCACUGCCGACUUCCAGCAAAUGUCUUUCAAGGAGCCUUCUUUUCGCCAUAGCUUGGCAGCCACUGGUGUUGACCCUGGUCUUCUCAGCAACCGAGUUAGCCACGUCUUUAACCUCCGAGGCCCCAGUAUUGUUGUCAACACUGCAUGUUCUUCCUCUGUCUACGCUCUGCACAAUGCCUGCAACGCACUCCGAACCCAUGAAUGUUCAGCCGCAGUCGUUGGUGGCAGUAACCUCAUCCUGACAGUGGACCAACACAUGAACACAGCCAAAUUGGGCGUGCUGUCACCAACAUCGACUUGUCACACUUUCAAUAGCUACGCCAAUGGUUACGGGCGUGCUGAGGGUGUCGGCGCUAUCUACCUCAAGCGUCUGAGCGAUGCUGUGCGGGAUGGUGAUCCCAUCCGCGGAGUCAUACGCUCAAGUGCGACUAACAAUAAUGGAAAGGCAGCUGGUGUAGGAAUUACAUAUCCUGGAUUCGAUGGACAGAGAAACGUCAUGAGACACGCCUAUCAGCGCAGCGGACUCGACCCCAUGCUCACUGGGUAUUUUGAGUGCCACGGAACGGGAACAGCUAUAGGCGAUCCACUCGAAGUCCACGCAGUAUCUGACAUUAUGAACAGUACAAGGACAGAUGCAGAUGGGCCACUGAAUAUUGGCGCUGUCAAAACGAACAUUGGGCAUUCUGAAGCAGCCAGUGGGCUGUCUGCAAUCAUCAAGGCCAUCUUGAUGGUGGAGAGAGGCAUCAUCCCGCCAACUCAUGGUGUUGUUGAUUUGAACCCCAAGAUCGACUGGAAGGGAUGGAGGGUCCACGUGCCUACAGAUCCAACUCCCAUGCCCCGACACUUGCCGGUCAUGCGAGUGAGUGUCAACUCCUUCGGGUAUGGUGGCACAAACGCUCACGUUAUCGUCGAAAGCCCCAAGUCUCUGCUCAGUAUGCCCCAAAACUACAAGUAUUCGAUGCACGGCCAUAGCACGAAGACCAAGUUGGCACGAGGAGCAGUCAAUCGAAGCCGACCAUACCUCCUGGUGUUUUCAGCGCACGACGCUGGAGCUUUGAAGCGCAAUACCGUAGCUCAUGGCAAGGUUGCCGCCAAGUACAGUCUUCUCGACCUGUCUUUCACUCUCGCCAACCACCGUACGCGAUUCCAGAGCAAGGGCAUGGUAAUUACGACACCUAGCACCUUGCAGAACACCUUUGCCGACGACAUACCUGGCUUCAUAGUUGGCAAGAAGAAUGAGAUAGCGCGUACGCUUGGCUUCGUUUUCACCGGCCAAGGAGCGCAAUGGGCAGGUAUGGGUGCGCAGCUUAUGGCGCUCUACCCAACUUUCCUCAAGACAAUUCGUCGUAUGGACUUGAUUCUCGAGGAUUUGGAGGACGCCCCCUCCUGGACACUAGAGGAGUGUCUUCUAGAGAACCAAGCUACGUCUCGUGUCGGAGAGGCUGAGUUCUCACAGCCUCUUUGCACCGCUGUUCAGGUCGCUCUGGUACAGCUACUCAAGGUCUGGGGUAUCCACCCAUCAGUGACUAUCGGCCACUCUUCGGGCGAGAUUGCCGCAGCAUUUACAGCUGGAUACAUCUCGGAGGCUGAAGCCAUCCUAGCAGCCUACUAUCGUGGCCAAGCUGUCAAGUGCAUCGACUCAGCAGGUGCCAUGAUGGCUGUUGGGCUUGGAGCUGGAGCCAUUGCACCAUACCUUGAAGCUCAUCAACCUAGGGUGGUCAUCGCAUGUCACAACUCACCUGAAGGUGUCACUUUGAGUGGCGAUGUUGAGGCGUUAAAGGUGCUAGAGGCUGACCUCAAAGCCGAGGGAACCUUUGCUCGUAUUCUGCAUACCAACGGAAAGGCCUACCACUCGAGUCACAUGCUCUCAGCAGUGGACAGGUACGAAGGACUGCUACGAGACUCUAGGGAAAACGGUCUUCCGAGGCUCAUGUUUGAUAAGGCUGAGAUGGUCUCAUCUGUGACAAAUUCGUUCCUCAAGGAGAAUACUGUGCUUGACGAAAAGUACUGGAGUGCCAAUCUCACCAGCCCCGUGCUCUUCAAUCAAGCCGUGCAGACUGCUCUUGCGCGUAAGGAUAUGGAAAUCGAUACACUCAUUGAGAUCGGUCCUCACUCUGCUCUAUCGGGACCUAUACGUCAAAUCAAGGCACACCUAGGCGCUGACAAAGUCCAAUAUCUACCAACACUCAUCCGAGGCGCCAGGUGCGCGGAGCAGGCUCUCAAGCUCGCCGGUGAGCUAUUCCUCCGCGACUAUCCCAUUGACCUGCAACGUAUAACAGCGAUUGAGGAACUCUCUCCGUCUGGAAAGAUUACCUCGCGACAAGGUCAUCUCAUUGUCGAUCUGCCCCCUUAUCAAUGGGAUAAGACCAAGAAGUUUUGGGCCGAGUCUCGUGAGAGUAAGGAGCAUCGUUCACCACGAUUUCCACGCCACGACAUCCUUGGCCAGCUAACUAUCGGCGGCUCUUUGAAAGAGCCAACAUGGAGGAAUAUUCUGCGCCUCAAAGACCUCCCCUGGCUUCGCGACCACUCUUUGGGUGGAGAAGCAGUCUUCCCAGCUGCCGGCUAUCUGUCUAUGGCUAUGGAAGCCAUCACGCAGCUCAAUGAGAUGUCGCAAGCUCCGCUAGAGAUCGACUCGUACAUCUUCAGGGAUAUCAGUAUCCAGCAAGCCCUCGUGACUCCAGAUGAUGACGAGGGUAUCGAGACACUGUUUAACAUGAGGCCUUCCAGGCUCCUCACAGACGAGGCCAUGCGAUGGUGGGAUUUCAACACAUCAUCGGUGUCUACUGAAGGGCACGUCAAGAACCAUAUGACUGGCAGGAUCUGCAUAAACACGAACAAGCGUCGAGCCCUCCCUAAGGCUGUCCCUAAUCUACCUCAGCGUGCCUCAGGAAGGCUCUGGAAUCAGGCCUUGAAAAAGGUUGGCUUCAACUACGGGCCAACGUUCCAAGACAUGGACAACAUCGCGUUUGAUGGCAUGUCAUACUGUGCUCAGGCGACGACCAACAUCAAGUCGUCUGUCAUGAAGGAUGAGUCUCGCCACGUUCUUCAUCCAGCCAUCCUCGACUCCUGUCUUCAGCUCAUGAUUGUUGCCAUCUGGGCCGGUCGAGCCAGCGCGAUGAAGUUCGGAGCUGUUCCCGUGACCGCUGAAGAAAUCAUUGUUUGGAAGCCGACGCAAGCUCAGCUACAUGGAAGUUCCAAUGCGAAAGCCUUCUCCUGGAUCGACCCACGUGGUCAGAGAGUAUUCAAUGCCCACAAUCAGCUGUUGGCUGAUGAUGCCCAGGUCCUGAUGCAGAUCAAAAGUAUGCAGUGUACUGCUUACGAGGCUGCUAUACCGCAGAGUUUGGGAGACGUCGCUCGUCCACAGCCUUACAGCCAGAUUGUCUCAAGACCGGACUUCUCACUUCUUAGAGGCAGCCAGAACCACCUGUCACUUACCGACUUUGUUGAACUCGCCCAGUUCAAAAAACCGGCAUUGAAAAUGUUGGUAUCGGGCCCAGUAACAGCUGUAGCCCUCCUGGCAAGACUUCCUGAGCUUUGCCUCACAGUAGCUACAGAUGAUGCCCAUGCGCCUGAGGUCACUGAGGAGCUGAGUGGUUUCACAAACGUAUCUAUAGAACAGUUGGAGCUUACGGCUAGUAUGACGACACAGUCUCAGGAAAAGCUCAAGUGCUCUUUUGAUAUCAUUGCUACCCCUAGCACGUCUCUCCAUGAGCUUCAGAAUAUCAGGGAACUCCUCUCAGAAGAUGGUUGUGCCGUGCUAAGGGGAGAUGUAUCUGCUCUGUCAGAACAGAGUCUCAAAGACGUGGGUUUCUCUGGAAUUGAAUCAUUUCUGGGCGAGUCCUCAUUCGUUACUCGUAUCGAGAAGACUCGCAAUCCUACAGAAGCACCCAUAUGGUUACUAUACCAUACUGAUCCUCCAAGCUGCGCGCAUAGUUUGGAGUGUGAACUCGAAAAGGCGGGUUUCAAAACAGAGCCCUUGAGACUAGGCAAUACCUGCCCAGCUGGAGCCAACGUGAUCGCCUUAGUUGAUCUUGAGGGCCCCUUUAUGGCCAACAUGUCGGAAGACGAGUUUCUACACCUACAGACGAUCUUGGGCGAUGCUUCCAGAGUGUUAUGGAUGUCUUGCAGCGAUGCAUCGAAGGAUGUGGCUCGCCCGGAGUAUGCCAUGACGGCAGGGCUCCUGCGGUCUCUUCGUUCUGAACGAGCUUCGCUGAAAGCAACGCUUGUGGACUUUUCCAUUGAUGACUUUGCCUCUGAGAAAUUCAGUACAAGAGCAUCCCGUCUCGCAUCAGCAUUCUUCACUGGUGAACAAGAAUUGGAGACGGAGUAUAUUUCCAAGGAUGGCCAGCUCCUGAUCAAUCGACUGAUCCCAUUCGACAGGAUCAACGAGACAUACGCUCUCACUGACAAUGAGACCCAGUCUCAGCCUUUCAACCCAGAAGUCAGUCUGGACGGUACAAUUGACUCUGGAAAGAUUGUAUUCUCUCACUGUAAGGCGGACGAGGUGGUACUGCAACCUAACGAGGUCGAGUUCCGAGUGUUAGCAACAGGUCUUACCGAUGAAGACAAAUCCGUCAUAUUGGGCUCCUCUCCCGGCCCUAACUUCAGUCAUGAGGCCUCUGGUAUCGUGACACGGACCGGGGAUGCCGUUACAAGAGUGUCACCCGGAAAACGAAUGGUGGCCUUUAGUGCAGGAAGGCUCUCAAGCUUUCAGCGAGUUCCAGAAUCUCUUAUACAAAAGCUCCACGACUGUGAAGAUCAUGAGACUACCGCAGGCCUCCCAAUGUACUAUGGUCCUGCUCUAUAUGGUCUCGAGACACUUGCCAAGCUCGAGCCCAAUGAGUCGGUUCUUAUACUUCCCGGGUCAGGAGGCCUCGGAGGAGCCGCGAUUAGAGUCACACAAGCGCUCGGAGGCAGGGUCUUUGUCGCAGUCGGGAGCGAUACCGAGGCUGAAGAGCUGCAAAGUUCGUUUGGUCUUUCUAGAGACCAGACUUUGGUGGACUAUACUCCUGAACUCCUUCAAGAAUACGAAAUCGACGUGGUGUUUUCGGGCAGUUCAGUCGAGCCAGGAAUAUCACAGGAGUCGUGGAGAAAUAUGCCGGCCCUAUCCCGAUUUGUGAACUGCGGCAAGAUGCCUGCAGGCUCGCCCUUGGACUCCGUGGCUGCCUCCCGCGGAGCAAGCUAUCUAUCAGUCAACUUCAUUGGCCUCUUUAAGCGGCCGCAGGUCCUUGGUCGACUCCUCGAGCGGAUAAUGGCACUCUACAGGGACGGUUCACUCCCUGUCCCACCUUUGACGAUUAGCAGUGUUUCGGCCAUCAACAGCUCACUCACCCUUUCCUCUUCUCUGAAAAGCAGCGAAACCAUCAUUACUUAUACAAAGGGUAGCACUUUAGAAGUUGCCCGCACUCAUCCACGUCUUGAGUUGCACGCAGAUGCCACUUACCUCCUAGUGGGAUGUCUUGGUGGCCUGGGGCGUAGCCUCACAACAUGGAUGAUGAAGCGAGGAGCGCGGAACUUUGCAUUCCUGUCUCGUUCGGGAACAGAUUCUGAGCAGGCUGCUCUUUGUGUCCAAGACCUGGAAGCUCGAGGUGCCAAGGUGCAGGUCUUUAGAGGCGAUGCAGCUAUCAAAGGAGACGUCGAGAGAGCUGUAGCCUCAAUUCCAUCCUAUAUGCCUCUGCGGGGUAUUGUGAAUGCCGCCAUGGUCUUGCGAGAUGGCCUUUUCCAGAACAUGAGCUACGAAAGCUGGACAACAUCCAUUCAGCCAAAGGUACUCGGUAGUAAGAACCUUCACGAGGCAACAGCUGAACUACCUCUGGACUUCUUCCUCAUGACGAGCUCUGUGUCUGGUAUUCUUGGAACUCCAGCUCAGGGCAACUAUGCGGCUGCAAACUCUUACAUGGAUGCACUUGCUCGGCUGCGCCGCUCUCAAGGGAAACCUGCGUGUGCAGUUGUUCUCCCCAUGGUUCUAGGCGUGGGAGUAGUUGCCGAGAAUCUGGACCUCGAGAACUCGCUCACUCGUAAGGGCAUGUAUGGUAUUGACGAGGAGGCUCUACUGAAUGCUUUUGAGGUGUCAAUCUUGGAGCAACAGGGUCAGCAAGAUGGCAGCGCCAGCUUUGACCAUCUCGUCGUCGGCCUUGACCCUGCAGAGCUCCACAGAGCGACCAAAGAGGCCGAGGGUGAUGUUGAUGCUUUCUGGGCCGGUGACCAGCGUUUCUCUAUCCUUCUUGACGCUAUGCAUCAACUAGACGGCGCGAAUCACGGCGAUGGAGAAGCAGGCUCGAUUCUCUCCCGAGUUAAAGCUGCCAGCUCGCCAGCGCAAGCUAUUUCUCUGGUGCGCGACCAUUUCGUCUCCAAACUGGCUAGGGUGCUUCUUCUCGACGUGGAGGAGUUUAGUGAUGAAAGUUCUGGACAGUCAAUCGCGAGUUACGGCAUUGAUAGCAUGAUUGGUGCCGAGCUACGAAACUGGAUCUUCAAAGAGUUGGGGCUGGAUAUCGCUUUCCAGCAACUUCUGAGCCCGUCUUUAACUAUCCACAAGUUCGCUGAGCUUAUUUGUGUUUCCCAGGGUAUUUUUAUGGAUGCUGAGUAG